GUGCCCCUGAAGCUUGAAGUUUGAGGAGUAAAAAGAUAAAAACAAACACUGCUAGAAUACUAUGACUAGUGGUAUGAAGCUAAGAAAACCUGAACCAGCCCAGACAAAACCUGGAAAGACCGCUUUCAGUGCGGGUCAGGCUCAUUAUCAAGAGUUGACGCGGCGUAUUCAACCUUCGUCUUUAAGCUAUCCCAGACCACCGGAGGCUACUGCAGCGACAGUUGCGAGGACAACAUCGGGAGCAUAUCCACACCAAUACGGCAGCUCGCAUACCACAGUAUACUCACCUCAACCUUCGCCGGUAUUAUCACCAGUAAAGGCCACUGCGCCAAUCAGAUUUAAAACAGAAACAGUUAGUGAUUGGAAUAUAUUUGAACCCCCUGAUGGGAGAAAGAGCCCUGUGCAGUCACAAAUACCCAUCAGCAAUGGGCAUCGAACAUCCCGUGAAUACGAUCAAAGAGACUCCCCCACAACCUACGACCACCAUGUGCAGCCACUAUCUAUCUACGCAGCUAUACCAGCUACGCCAUCCACAGACAACCUAGAUCGUCCACCGCAAAGUGUGAUAUUGCAUGGAAUAACUACACCAUCUCGCAUACCGGAACCCCUUCAUGGGACAACUUCACCUCCGGAUAUGAACGAUGGUAGUCAGCCAUCCAUCCAAGAGAUGUUGUCUGCGGCCAUGGAGGUCGAUGCAGACAAUAAUGGAGAACGUGCUGUUGAUACAGUCCCACAAUAUAUCGCGGAUGCUAGUCUGGAUUCGCAGAUGCCGCUGCGAGAGGGUCACAGAGAAUUGCAGCCUGGUGCUAGUGGGAUCGAGGUAGCGUGCCAAACAGAUGACCUCGGUCAACGCCCACCCUCGUAUACCACUGCCAACAACUCUUGUGAAUAUCAAGGGGGCCCAUCAUCUCGUAUAGAAAGAAACGUCGACAUGAACUUAUCUUCUCCCCUGCACGACUCCCUAAAGGCACCUCCCAGAAAACCUGUGCCAAAUAUCUUAGUCUUUGGGGAAACUGGAACUGGCAAGAGCUCGUUGAUCAACAUGAUAGCAGGUUCGGAUAUUGCUGGAGUAUCCGGAGAAGCCUUGGGCCACACCUUUGACAGUAUUGCAUACGGUGUCAAAGUCGAUGGUAUACCUAUGACGAUAUGGGAUACGGCGGGAUUGAACGAAGGUGACAAUGGCACUGUUACGGCGCAACAAGCUGUGUUUAACCUUCACAAACUGGUACACAAUUUGCGUAAUGAAGGUGUACACCUGUUGGUGUACUGCAUUCGAGGAACAAGGUUCAGAGACGUGUUGCGAGCAAACUACGAGAUCUUUCACCUUGGGAUUUGCCAGUGUAUGGUGCCUAUUGUGAUCGUCAUAACAGGACUAGAGCACGAGGACCCUAUGGAGAGGUGGUGGGAGAUCAAUAGGAAUGAAUUCUCGAAACACAGGAUGGCAUUCUGUGGCCACGCAUGCGUCACGACGUCAAAAGGAAAGAAGCUUAGGUCAGGAGAUGGAUACAUGUUUGAUGAGGAAUAUGCUUUCUCGCAGGCAGCAGUACGAGAGUUGAUAAAAGAACAUUGCUCGCCCAAUCCAGUAAAAAUGGACGAGCUUUCAAUGCAAACAAUCGCUCAGACAUUGACAGGAUGCUAUCGAGACGCACAAGCGGAUGUAGCACGAGGAGGCGAGCGAGCAGCGUCUGGAAUAUCCAUUCUCCGUAUCCUGGAAGGACUUUUACAGAUACUUUUCAAUCGUUCACUGGGUGAAACUGCACGAUUUGUACGCUGAGAAAAAACAGUAAUACAUG